AUGGACAAUUCAACAAACUACGGCAGUGUCGCCGAGAAAGGCGAACUGACCUGCACCCCUCCACCCAAGGAAACAGGACUGCUUCCCCAUCUCGCAGACUGGAUGUGUUUCCUCCCAGAUGCCGUUCCAAUCUCCUCACUCUCCAUCCCGGGAACUCACGAUAGCGCUGCCUUCAUGAGUACAUGGCCCUUUGUAUCGACCCAAACACUAACCACCGCACAACAAUUGGACGCUGGAAUACGAUACUUUGACCUUCGCUGCGGUAUCGUCAAGGAUGAAAUUCAAAUGGUACAUGGCAGAGCAGUGCUGGGUCUGAAACUCGCUGAUCUGCUUAUGGAUAUGUAUCUGUUCCUGCUGAAACAUCCCAAGGAAGCGAUCAUCGUUCAGUUGAAGCAAGAUCGCAAGGAUGAAGCUUCCACGCGGCCAUUCUCCCAAUUGGUUCUGGACCUCAUGCACCAACAGUUCAAGUAUUGGCGUCUGGAAACCACAACACCCACUCUAGGCGAGCUACGCGGACGCAUUCAAUUACUUCGGCGCUUCACGACGUUCCAGCAUCAGCGAUACACAACCGGUAUCGAUCUUUCUCGAUGGCCAGAUAACCCGCCAUUGCCAUUCACGAUUCGCACACUCGUGGGCGUCCACCUCACAAUUCAAGACCACUAUUCCUCCACCACGCCCGAGAGUCUACCCAACCUCAUAGCGAAGAAAGGCGGCGAUGUAGCGUCCAUGCUCAUGCGUGCCUCCCGCGACACGGAACCCUGGCAUUGGUACAUCAACUUCAGCUCGGCAUACGAGUUCAACGUCUACUACCAAAUCCCACCCAAGGAUAUCGCUGUUGGUGGAUACUCCGUGUUCAGAUGGGUCGAGGGGAUAAAUCCGCGGCUUUGCAACUUCCUCAAGGCUAGACUGGCGGAUGUGGACGAACCUCAGCGAUUUGGAGUUGUGGUUAUGGAUUUUGUGGAGAAGCCGGCGACUGAUCUUGUAAAGACUGUUAUCGAGGCCAACUUUGUGGUGCCGAUGAAGAGGAGAGGGGGUAUGGCUGGUAGAAAGACAGAGACGGCUGUAUUAGGCUUGGUGAUGCUUCUGGUACUCGUGGCUUGGGCGCUGUUUGAGUGGCACAGCGGUCGUUUUAACCAAGUCGAUGGACGCUGGUGUCCAAUGUUCUUGCAUGCUUGCUCCUUAGGACCUCCUUACGAGGCGAUUGCUUGA